GACUGAACAGUCUAGCCCCACCAGGUUGGCUUGUGGUUCAGUCUUCAGAUUUCUUUGUGGGGGUGGCAUCUACAUUUGCAGCCCACCAUUAUCAUCAUGAUAUUCUGGAUACUCGCUGCUCUCAGCUUCAUUCAAGCUGCUGAACUAACAGAAAACAAGAUUUUAGUGGAACAGCCACCUCGAAUCACGGCAUCUGAUGAAAAUGCUACCUUGGCUUGCAAAUAUGCCUAUAAUGGAACUGGGAAUGAAUUCAGAGCAUCACUGAAUAAAGGAGCAGACAGAGCAGUUGAAGUCUGCUCUGUUUCCUGGAAUGGUUCCUUCCAUAACAAUCAUUCAAAUAAAGAUUUCAAUUGCCUUGUUGCAGUUGAUAGCCAUAAAAAGGAAGUGAAUUUCAGUCUUUGGAAGCUGAAUACUGACCAAACAGAUAUUUACUUCUGCAAAAUUGAGGUCAUGUUUCCACCUCCUUACAUCUCCAACGACAAGAGCAAUGGGACUGUCAUUCAUGUGAAAGAGAUGGUCCGCCAACCACCACCAUUUCAAUCACCCUUUUGGGCUCUGAUGGUGACUCUUGGAUUUCUGGCUUUCUACAGUGUGCUAAUAACUGUGGUGUUUGUUAUCUGCUGGUGGAAAAACAAGAAGAACAGAAUCUUGACGAGUGACUACAUGAACAUGACGCCACGCCAUCCUCCUGGCCCAAAGAACAAGCAUUACCAACCCUACGCACCAACUCGGAUACACACGGAAUACCGCUCUUGGGAACCAUGACUAUCUGCUUACCAAGCUGCUAAUACCCCUGGUGUGCUUUUACUCUGCCACGUGCACUUGGACGUGAAAAGACAGCCUGCCAUUAGUUUGUCAUAUCUGUUAUAUUUGAUGACAUCAUAGCAAGUACCGGUCAAACUUUAAUUGAUGCUGUGUAAAAGUAGGUUGUUUUCUAUGAUGGCUGAAAACUAGCUACGACUCAUGUUCAAGUUUGAUGGUGGGUAAGGGGGAAAGAUAACACUGGAUCCAAUACAAGGUAUAUUGUUCACUGUUGCAACUACUGAUCUUUCCCAAUCACUUUUGCCUUAUAUUGAAUAUUAAUUUCUAGUUAGAAGUAUGUUUAACUUGAAGAAUUAUAAAUCUCUGAAAUACAGCCCUAAUUGGUUACCAUUAAAUAUGGUACCAAGCAAACUGUUGAUGCAAAAAUUUGUCCCCUCUCACUUCAAAGAGGAGAACCCAGUUUCAAGUUCCAAACAUAUGCUUAAAAGAAUAGGAGAGGGUUUCAGCUGUAGGGAAAAGUCAGCAGUGAGCCAUGUGGACUAUUAGAUUAUUCCACAGAUGGGCUGUAAUGACAGAUCCAGGACACGCAAAAUCCACUAUACAUUAAAUGUGCGAUUCUUAAGUUCUUAAAUUGGUAACUGUGUAAUAUGUGUAGGGGGAGAGGACCCCCCUAUGAAACAAUUUCAUACAGUGAGAAAGCAAUCAAUCUGCAAGGCAGGUCUGGAACAACAGGGGAUGAAGAAAGAUCUGCAGUCAUCACGAAGAGAAUCCUUUUGAAUUAUGUUGGCCUACAACAAGGAAACACCAGGACUUGGCCAAAGUCAUAGGAGAAGCAGGUGAGAAAAUCCUCAUUAGAGCUUAUUGAGGGCAGAUUUUCAAAAGUGGGCCAGAUUUUUGAGUGCUCAGCACACACAGUCGGGGCCAGAUUUUUAGCUGCGCUGAGAACCCAGUGUGCAUACAGCAUGCUGAGCUCUCCUGAAAAUCUGUCCAUGUAGUCUGGUGCUUUUUUCAAAAUCUGGUCACAGUGUUGAGUGAUCAGAUCAUUUGAAAAUUUGCUCCUAAACACCCUAUCAUUGGAGAGGCUGAGUGACCUCAACUCCCAUUGCAGUCAAGAGGUACUGAAAACUCUCAGCACUUUGCAGGCGAUGUUCAGUACCUUGAAGGAUCAGGCUCUAACUGGGGCUUUCUGUUCUUAUAUAGACUUUUCUCUAGGCAUGUUCCAUGGAGGAGUAAAACAAGGGCUAGAAUAAAACUCGUUCAGUGAUUUUCAUGUGGCAUGUUUCUUUUAAUGAUGAUUCCAAAACUGCAGUAGGGUAAGCUCAACACAAAAGCUAUUCCCAAGCUUAGGAGAAGAGGUUCCUUUAUCGGUUCCCUCCAAUCCUUCUAGAGCUGAGCAAAAGACAGAAUUUCUGUCCGUGCGAAAAUUCUGAUAAUUCUACAUUUGUUUUUAUCUUGAACCAGAACAAAAAGAUCCCUGGCUUCGAACUUCCACGAAGCUUAUGGGCAACCCUAAGCCACCUCCACACAAACCAUGGAAGAUGCGGAUACUUGAUGCACAAAUGGAACAUUAAAAACUCUCCAGUGUGCGACUGUGGUCACCCAGAACAGACCAUGGAAUAUAUAACAACUCAAUGCCUGAUUCAGAAAUACAAAGGAGGCAUCACAGCAAUAUACCCCGCCACUCUUGAUCCAAUUACCUGACAACCACCUAAAUGUAAAAUUAUAGUUGUUGCUCUAUAGCUACACACCAGCCAUAUAAGAAGGAAAAAAAAUUGAAAUAUCAAAUUUUUUCACAGAACAGAAAUUCCAAAAAAAUUUGAUUCAGAAAUGGAGAAACAGUCCAAGUCAACAUUUUCAAUAGAAAUGCAAUGUUUUGACAUUCCUGACUGAAAAUGUUUCAUUUAAUUUUGUUGAUCUGACUGGAAAUGCAUAGUUUUAAAUCAGUUCAGCAUUAAACUGCAUUUCCUUACAAAGCCACAUUGCCUCAUUGGAAUUCAGUUCAGGAGUCUGAUGCCCUUGUUCUCAACUAUGGACCAGGCACCCUGGCUGGACUACAUCUCCCAUGAUACAACAGCAGUAAUGUGACAUGACAGACUACUCAGCUUGGUCAGAGAGGAGACAGUGUUGCAUCAUGGGAAAUAUAGUCAGGCCAGGGAGUCCAACCCAUGCGGGGGAGGUCGGGGGCUGGAGGCAAACGCUGGGUCCCAUAAGCCAAUGCAGCAAAACAGGGAAAUGCAGUUUAAUGUUGAACUGACGCAAAAUGAAACAUUUCUGGUCUGUUUAAUAAAUAGAAAUAUUCGAGUUUAGGUUGAACCAAAUCUAAAUAUUUUGAUUUGGGUUUCCAAAGGGAAGGAAAAAAAUCAGAAAUUCAGCAAAAUUGAAAUUUUCCUACAAAAAAAUUUUUUUUUUUGCAGAAAUUGCAUUUCCUGUCAGAAAAUCAUUCUGACAGAAGAUUCCUGAUCAGACUUAAUUCCAUCCUGUCUAAUUUAAAACUAUACAGGGUUAAGUGCUUGAAUAUACCCCAAGGAAUAAUUUUGUGCUAAAUUCCUAAAUUUUGUGUUAAUAAGGGAGUGCAUAGGAAGACCCAAUGGGUCUUUUCCUUCUUCCCUUCCUGGGCUGGAUUGUAUCCAUGGCAGGAGGCACGUAACUCCAUUGUCCCAGGAGCAAGGCAAGGCAGGAACUGUGCUGAGAUGCUGAGAGUCACAGUCUGGUCCCUGCUUCUUCCUUGUGCCAUGGGAGAAGUGAGCUGUGCCACUCCUUUUGCUGCCGCAGCCUACUUUCUCUCUCUGAACUAGCUCCAGUGCACUGGCUGGUACCUUGGGAGGGGUGGAGCCACACCUUGCCUCUGCCUUCGCAGCCUGACCACUCCCUGCCUACCUACAUGGAUGGGCCUAGCAAUUUGGGUGGCCUAUGCAGCGGAAUAAGGGGAUUCCUUACUCCCCUGCAGCAGAACUCAUGAGUGAGUCCUCCAUGGUAAUUUUAUGGAUAUUAUCAUAUAAUCACUGACUGCAUCUUCUUCCUGGCCUUCUGAGCCACAAGUCACUGCCAAGUACUUCAUCCUGUAAUUUAACAGAGUGCUGCAAUUAGAAUAUACUGUGAAAAGAAUGUCUUAUACUCUGGCUCAAGUAUAGCAGACAAAUAUGUACAGAAAGCAAUAAUACACAGGGGCAAAAAUUUCUGGUUUAAAACUGCAUAUGCAUUUCCAGACGUGAGAAACGUGUAUAUUUCAUUGUGUCCACAUGCCUCAGAGUUUUUAUUGUACUUUUAUAAUCUUCUUUUAAAACUGUUAAAUAGACGCUGUAAAUUAAACUUUGAAUACUUUGUAAGGCC